UGAUUAAAAAUUCUUCCUUUUGCUGUAGAAUCAAACCCAAGUAGCAACAGCUUUGCAAGUGUUCUACAACUUGGGCUCGUUAGCCAGCACAGUUAAUGAAGUGGUGGACAAGGUGAGGGAAAACCUGACAACCAGUGUUAAAGAAGCCUUGGAUCCUAACACUCUCUCACAAAUUCAACCUAAUGCAGGUGCAGGAGGUCCUGGGCGUGCAGCCAUUCCUACCCCAGGGAACACAGCAGCUUGGAGAGCAACUCUGUGGACUAGAUUGGAGCAACUUAUGGACUCUAUCUACUCUGCAUGUGGCCAGGUUCAUCAUCUUCAAAAGGUUUUGGCAAAGAAACGAGAUCCUGUAACUCAUGUUUGUUUUGUGGAGGAAUUGUUGAAGGAUGGGAAAUCUUGUAUCACCUCAUUCUGGAAUUCAGUUACUUCAAUUUUGACGGAAGAAUUCGCACAGGCUGCCCAAGCCUCCACUUUUUUGAAGCAAGCAUUUGAAGGAGAGUACCCGAAACUACUACGGCUUUACAAUGAUCUGUGGUCUCGGUUACAGCAAUUUAGUGGUGCCUCAAGUGCUCCUACUCCUGGCAUUGUUCCUCAAAUUGAACCUUCCUUUAGUCUGUUUCCAAGCGCUGAGGACCAGUUUAGUUUGAGUCCAGAGCAAGCCCUGAAGAACAGCCUAGCCCCCUUUGAAAUUGCCUACCUGUCGAGAUCUUUAUCCAGAUUACUGGACCCAAUUAACCUGGUGUUCCCAUCUGGUGCGCGGAACCCUCCUUCCAAGGAGGAGUUAGCCAGUAUUGCCAAGACGAUUUCAAGUGAGCUGAGUGUGGCCAGUGUAGAUGUUGGACUCACAAUAACUGUAGCCAGAAAUGUCGCCAAAACAGUGCAGCUGUACACAGCAAAAUGUGAAGAACUGCUCGUCGCGGGGCCCGAAGGAAAUCAGUUAUAUGACCACGUGACUCCAGCUCAGCAAAAGAACGCUGCCAUUGUGAACAGUUUGUUUCAAUUACACCAAGCCGUGAUCAAGAUUGUGGAUGGUCUGUGGUCUCAGUCCCCUGGUGUUGCUGUGGAUGCAAUAUCUACCGGGUUACAGGGAAUUCUAGCGCUGAUUAAUUCGGCUUUGGAUCCACUGCUUGAUGCGAUCAGCCGUGAUUUGGAAAACCAUAUAUUCAAGAUGCAUUCCGAAGAUUUCACAAGUUCCACCUUGUCGCGUGACAUUGCUGAUAACCCGGAUGCGCCAUGUUCUGGUUACAUUCAAGACUUGCAGGAUUUUAUUAUACACGUUCAAAAGAACUACAUUGCACUUUAUGAGUGCAGAGAAAUUCUCUCGCAAAGGUUGGAAGAGAUCGUGUGUCGAACUAUUGAGCUGUUUGUUCGUCACGCCAGUCUACUUAGAGCCAUUGGCGAGGGAGGAAAACUGAAGCUUGCUGCUGACAUGGCUCAGAUUGAGUUUGCUGUUGGUCCAUUAUGCCACAAAGUGUCAGAUUUAGGAAAGUCCUACAAACUUUUGAGAUCUUUUAGACCUCUAUUAUUUCAAACCUCUGAAGAUAUUGUAAAUAAUCCGGCCCUUGGAGAAAGUCUUCCUCACAGUGUGGUAUUGCAUCAUUUGUUUUCACGCGCUCCAAACGAACUUAAAUCUCCUCACGAGGUGGCAGGAUGGUCAUUGGGUUUCUACUCUCAAUGGUUGGAUGAGCACACAUCAGAGGAAGAGAAACUUGCACUUAUUAAAGGCACACUGGAGGCAUACGUUCAGUCGGUCAGAUCACGUGGAGAAAAAGAAUUUGCACCAGUGUAUCCCAUCAUGCUGAGGAUUCUUCAAGCUGUGAGAGCUACACAGGGCUCCUAAUAUUUUGCUGACUGGAAGAAAAACAAACAAACAGACAGACACGAAAACAACAACAACAACAACAUGGGAGCCAAAAAAUUACGUAGCAUAUUCCUGGAGUAUAUUUCCUUACAACAAGUCUGUGAUAGAAGAUAGAAUUAAGUUAUUUUUUAUUGUUGGUCGACAGAAAGCAGGGAUAUGAUACUGAGUCCAUUGUGUAUAUAACGCCUUAUGUAGAAGGCACCGAACAUCGAACACUUACUCCUUACAUUCUUAACCCUUUACACCCUAACAUCAGUAUGCAUAUUCUCCAUACUGUUCUCUGUACAUUUACUAAGGUACUGACAAGGAGAAUUUGCCCAACAAUCAAGAGUUCCUUUAGUUGGUGAUCAUUUCCUUCAUUCUCAUGAUAUUAAUGUAUGAUUCAGAGGAGAUAUUGUAAGGAGAAAUUAGAUGCCAAUCACUCUUGAGGGUUAAAGGGUUUAUUAGUUGAUACUGUACUUUAAUUGGAACACAUUUCCUAAAUGUUCGUAAGUUCUGUGUAACGCCACCGAAUCAAUAAAAGGGAAAUGGAAAAGGGUUUGGUGGAGAAACGAAGGGUGGUACUCAUUUAAGAUAGUAUGUAAAAAAUGAACAGCUAUUGUAAGCUACACACUGCUACUUCAUGUUUAAUUUAUUGAGAACAUAAUAUUUAAAAAUUAUAUAGUCGUAAUGUACCGGGAAGAAGCGAUUACGUCAAGAAUAGCCUUUCCGCGAAGUAAGUGCCGUACCAAAGGGGACUUGGAAAGUAUGGCGCUGGAAGGGACUUCUGGAAGGGGACUUGGGAAUAAAAGGACCUUGGAAAAGAGGGACCUAAUAGAUACAUGGAAAAUGGAGACUCAAUUGGGGCUUUUAAAAUAUAUAAGUAAAAAGAACUUAGAAUGAAGGGCCAAUUAGGAGCAUAGACAAUAGGGACUUGGAUGGGGCUUAGAAAUCAUAGGAACUCAAGAGGGGCUUGAAUAAAUGGGACCAGUAAGGACCGAACAACAAGGGACUUAACCUGGGCUUGGGAAUUAAGAGGAACUGGGAAUUAACGUGGAUUGUUGAAAAGAGGAUUUGGAAAAGCACCGCUAAAAGUGAAGACGUAGCUUGGAGUCUUGGAAAUUUCUGUGAAGAUUGAAUAAGAUUUGACUAAAACCAGAUUGUAGUUCUUGGACUUAAAAGCCAAUAGAAUAAAGGUAUUUGAUAGAACUCAACUUUAAA